AUGGGUAUUUCGCGCGACAGCCGCCACAAGCGCCGCCUUACAGGCGGACGCUUCCCAAUACAUAAAAAGAAACGCAAGUAUGAACUAGGAAGACCAUCCUCUAACACGAAGUUGGGCUCCAGGUUGGUACGCAAAGUCAGAUGCAGAGGCGGAAACUUGAAAUUCAGAGCCCUGCGCCUGGAUUCUGGAAACUUCUCAUGGGGAACGCAAAAUGUAACAAGAAAAACGAGAAUAAUGGACGUUGUCUACAACGCAAGCAGUAACGAAUUGGUGCGCACGAAGACGCUGGUGAAAAACGCAAUCAUCACAAUUGACCCAACGCCAUACAAAAUGUGGUUCAAGACACACUACGGACUGGAACUAGGAAAAUCAUCUGAGGACCCACAGGCAGCAGAGAAGGUAGCAAAGCUGGUGCCGAAAGCACUGCUGGACCAGUUUUCGUCAGGACGACUCCUGGCAUGUGUGAGCUCAAGGCCAGGCCAGUGCGGCAGAUGCGACGGAUACGUGCUGGAAGGAGAGGAACUGGCAUUCUAUCGUAGACGCAUGGAUAAGAAGAAGAGAGUAUAA